AUGCGUGUCUCGACAAUCGCGUCCCUCUCGACCCUCCUGGCCGGCAACGUCCUUGCGCAAGGCCCGGUCACUGGUAAACUUGGUAACGCUACUGUCGUCACCAACAACCCUGUCGGCAAGGAGAUCAGAGCCACUCUCCCCGAGCAGGCAUUUUGGAAGACUGGUAGCCUCGAUGGCAACGUCAAGGGAUCCAUCUCCGUCAAAUCGAGUCCCAAUGGUGUUGGCGUUGAGUACACUGUCAAGUUCUCUAACCUCCCCAAAGAGGGCGGCCCUUUCACGUACCACAUCCAUGACAAAGUAGUUCCCGCGGACGGCAACUGUACCGCGACCGCAGCCCACCUUGACCCUUUCGUUCGCGGCGAAGACCCCGUCUGCGACAGUAAACUUCCCGAGACCUGCCAGGUUGGUGACCUCAGCGGCAAGUAUGGAAAGAUUACUUCGGACCCGUUCGAGGCAAAAUAUCACGACGAAUUCAGCUCUCUCAAUGUCGGCGUGAACAACUCCAUCCCCGACCGUAGCUUCGUCAUCCACUUCUCGAACAAGACGAGAAUCUCCUGCGCCAACUUCGCUGGAUCUGGCUACGGCAACAGCACUCCAACCUACGCCACGACUGGGGGGAUUAAGCCGACCACUCAGCCAUCCUCGCAGCCCUCGUCAUCCCCGAUCACUGCCGGUGCGGUUACUCUCGGUUCCGGAGUCCUAAUCCAGAGCUUCUUCGCUGUCGGCGUUGCGGCCGCCUUUCUGGUCUAA